AUGUUGGCUGCAAAUGAAAGAGUUAUCAAUGAUUUACUUCCAACAAAUGAGGGUUUAACCAAAAUAGAGGAUACUGUUAUGUUAUUAGAACCUCUUGAACAUGCAACAAAAUUAUUAUCUGCAUCCUCUUAUCCCACAAUUGCUGAUGUUAAAUUGGUAUUUUCUGCAAUACAAGAAUUCCUUGAGGAAUAUAUUGAAGAUGAUGAUUUAUUACAAUAUGAAUUGGCUGGUUCUAUUAAUACUAAGCUUGAUGAGUAUAGAUCAAUCAUAGAUAAAUCAACAAUUAUAGCAACUAUUUUAAACCCACAAGCAAAAUUAUCAAAUUUUCAACCAGGUUCAGAAUCAUCAUCAGCAAUUUCUAAUCUUUGUAUAAAAUUUCAAGAGUAUUUAGAUGAAUAUUCUAUAAUUCAAGAAUUAAAUCCACCACAAACUAAUUCACAAUAUAAUUAUCGUAAAUAUUUUCAACAACUAAAAAAUCACAAGUCAAAUAAUCAAUCACCACAACCAUCUACAUUAGAAAGAAUUGUGAUACAAAGACCAGGUCUAGGACCAGAGUUAUUGAAAACAUUAUGUUUAUCAUAUGAACCUCCAUCAAAGAAUACUCUUUCUGGUUGUCUUUUGGCACAAGAAACAGCUUUUCCACCGUGA